AUGUCGCAAGGACAAGCUGCCAUCCCGCCACAGCCCCGCGCAAAACAGCUGCGCGCAUGUCUCCUCUGCUCGAUCAUUCAGACACCAGGCGACUUCCGCAAAUAUGGCUGCCCGAACUGUGAAGAGAUCAUGCAGAUGAAAGGCUACCCGGAUCGCAUCCAGGCAUGCACAACGACACAUUUCGACGGUGUGAUUGCGGUCAUCGACCCUGAGCGGAGCUGGGUUGCGACAUGGCAGCGAACAAAAACGUACGUCCGCGGGAUGUACGCUGUCCGCGUCAAGGGUCGCGUUCCGGAAGAUGUCGAGGGAGAGCUGGAGGCACGGGGGAUACGGUAUCGCCCUCGAGACCAGUCAGAUCAAGACUGA